AUGGAACUAAUGAAGAACGUUACUGAACCUCAUUUAACUGCCAACCUCACAGUAUCAUCGUUUUGGCAAAUAGACAAAUUGGAAAUUUGGAUGUUGACCUUCAACUUCUUAUGUGGUGUUCCUACACACUCUUAUGUGAUCUGGCUCAUCGUCACAGGAACAGGAAGUGGAAUUGCAUUAGAAUUCUUCAACCUCAAUAUGUCAGUUUGUGGGAUCUUUUUUUCAAUGGAAUCUUUGUUCAGUCUAGUCUCAAAUUGGUUUACAUUUCGAAGUCUUGCUGCAAUAACACAUUUUUUGGUUGGAUUUACUGUCACUGGUCAUCCUCUUUUUCAGUGUCUGAUCUGUAUUGAGCGUUACCUGGCAGUGGUUCAUCCUGUAACCUUUCUGAAGUACAAACCUCUCAGAUAUAGAGUGAUCUGCUGCACUCUGGCCUGGAUAUAUAUUUUUGGCUAUAGUUUGUUCUGCAUGUUCAGUUUUCUGUCAUUUACCUUAUAUAUAUAUAUAUGGUUCAUCUCACUGCAGUUUGUCAUCUACUUCCCCAUCCAGUUGUUUUGUCUUGUGGCUGUUAUCAGAGCUCUGAAGCAGUUAGGACCAGGAGAGAGAAGGAGAGAGAGAGAAGAGGAAAACCACAUGAAGAGAAAAGCGUUUUACGUCAUUCGAAUUACUACUGCUAGCUUGUUUAUCACAUAUGUUCCGUUUAUUAUCACUGGAUUCCACUCUGUUGCGACACAGCAGAAUAUUCAGAUCGCUUGGUCAUUCAGUUAUAUUUGUUUUAUGCUGGCUGGUUUUGUUCAGCCUGGACUUUAUCUGUACCGGACUGGAAAACUGUCCUCCUUUUGUUCUCCAGAGUUCAAAAGACAGAUUUUGGAGCAUGUAUGCUGA